CAGGACACUCAGCUCCGGGAAGCGGUCCGACAACACGGAGCUCGACGCUGGGACUUCAUCGCCUCCGCCGUCCCGAAUCGCUCGGAGGAAUCGUGUUCUGCUCGCUGGGAGGAACUGCAGAGUCGAUGGUCGCUAACGCGGCAGCCUUGGACCGAGCACGAGGACGAGCUGCUGAGCGCUAUUGUUGACAGCGAAGGCGCGAGUCAAUGGACCAUAGUGGCGUCGUUUCUGCCUGGACGGAAUGCCAAGCAGUGCCGCGAGCGGUGGCACCACCAGCUGAACCCGGCGAUCAAGCGCGAGGCCUGGUCGGCUGACGAAGACGCGCUGCUGGUGACGCUGCAGCGCAAGCUGGGCAACGCGUGGUCGCGGAUGGCGGCGUAUCUGCCUGGCCGCACGGACAACGCCAUCAAGAACCGCUGGCACUCGGCU